GGCUCAUUUAUCACACCCCCAAUCUGCCCCACACACAAAUAACACAUUAAAUUAAAAACAAUUUUUAGAAAAAAAGCCUCCAUAUAUUGUAUUUUUUUUUUCAAAAUGUUACUAAAUUCUGGUAAACAAAUUGCAUUUUAAAACAAAUUAUUUCAAGAUGUAUAGUCAACUCUUAGUGGUUCAUUGGAAGAGGAGCUGUCCCUCCCUUUUUACCCACUCUGCAUUUCCCAGUAGUCUUCAUGAGCUCCAGACAUGUCUUUCAAACUCUAACCUUUCUUUUUUUUGCAUUAAGGUUUUUAAUUAAAAUGUUUUUUAUUUAUGCACAUUAAACCUGCAACUUUAUUUAAUUUUUGACAUUUAUUUCUUCACUUCCUUUUUUUUAACAUCUUUGUUCAAGCUUGACCAGGUUGCCAUGGCGACACCUAAUCUGCAGCGUAGCAACAACAUCAGCACCGAUCAAGGUCCCGGGUCAGACUACGCGGCGCUGACCCGGACCGGUCACACGGUGGCGGCGGUCGCCCUCGGCUGCAUCCUGGUUCUGGGUUUCUUGGGAAACUUCCUGGUGCUGCUGGUGUUCUCGCGCUUCCCCGGGCUGCGGACUCCGGUCAGCCUGCUCCUCAUCAACAUCAGCGUCAGCGACAUGCUGGUCUGUCUGUUCGGGACUCCUCUCAGCUUCGCCGCGAGCGUGCGCGGCCGGUGGCUGACCGGACCUCACGGCUGCCGGUGGUAUGGCUUCUGUAACGCGCUCUUCGGUGUUGUAUCCCUGGUGUCUCUGUCCCUGCUUUCCUUUGAGCGUCACUCUGCUCUGUUCAGCGGCGUCCAGUCGUACCCAUCUCAGUACCGCAGAGCCAGAUUGGCCGUGGUCGUCUCCUGGCUCUACUCGCUGGCGUGGACUCUGCCACCCCUUCUAGGAUGGAGCAGCUAUGGCCCUGAGGGUCCUGGAACCAUCUGCUCGGUCCAGUGGCAGCGGCGUUCGGGUUCGGCUCGCUCCUACAUCAUCUGCCUGUUCAUCUUCUGUCUUCUCUUGCCGCUGGUGCUCAUGUUCUUCUGCUACGGGAGGAUCCUGCUGGCUGUUCGGGGCGUGGAGAGGCGGGUGACCAGUACAAACCAGUCUCUGGUGGAGUGGAGAGAAGGACGCGUUCUUUCGAUGGUGACCGCUAUGGUGGCGAGCUAUCUGCUGUGCUGGAUGCCAUACGGCGUGGUAGCGAUGCUCGCCUCCUUCGGGAGGCCAGGCACGGUGCCGCCAGCUGCCACGUUAGUCCCCUCCCUUCUGGCAAAGACCAGCACCGCCCUCAACCCUCUUAUUUAUGUGCUGCUUAACGACCAGUUUUCCAGGUGUUUCUUCUACAUGAUCAGGUGUGGCUCAGAAGCUCCGCCCUUUCCAGCCCAGCCAUCAAGCACCAGGUGUGAGUGGCCUCCUAUUCUACCCACAGAGGAGCAAAAGCCCCCGCAGGACACACCAACACCAAGAAAUGAGGCUCACCGUGAACCAUAAAAGGAAAGAAAUUAAUUAAUUAACACUAGUACUGCCAGAAACAAUUAUUUUAAUAGUCGACUAUUGAAUAUUUUUUCUGAUUAGUCGACUAAUUGGGUCAUUCGCAUAAUUGAUGUAGCGCACACACUGAAGUUGAUAACCAGCUAAAAUAUUAGUUAAAUGCCAAAUUAACCUAAAAAACUGAAAAAAGGUAGCCAAACGUUACAUUCUCCUUUGGUUUCUGCACGACAGAGACAUGAUGUAAGGUGGUGAAAGGGCUUCUGGGUAUGUGAAUGAAAAGUCAAAAUAAAGUGGCGGUCCUGUGAA